GAACCUGCUUCAAAUUAUUUCCUUCUCUCCAGACUCAUCACCUCCUCCACUCCAUCCAUCCUUAAUCGCUCUCGGUCAUCUUUCAAGAUGUUCAAGAGCGGCCUCUCCUCCUUCGCGAGAGCUACCAGGCCUGCUUUUGCCGCCCCGAGGCGCGCGGUAAGGCCAGCUCAAUCUGCUUUCAGAUUUCCUCUUACCAGCCGAUUCGCAAGCACAUCAAGUGCCGGUGAUGGCAAGAUUUACCAGGUCAUCGGUGCCGUCGUCGACGUCAAGUUUGAUGGCACCAAGCUACCCCCCAUUCUAAACGCCUUGGAGACAAACAACCAAGGCAACAAGCUAGUCCUUGAGGUCUCACAACAUCUAGGUGAAAAUGUCGUCCGUUGCAUUGCUAUGGACGGUACCGAGGGUCUUACCCGAGGCGCCAAGGCCACUGACACUGGCGCUCCCAUCACAAUUCCUGUCGGCCCUGCCACUCUUGGUCGUAUCAUAAACGUCACUGGUGACCCGAUCGACGAACGUGGACCCAUCAAGACCGACAAGUUCCUACCCAUUCACGCCGACCCCCCCGAGUUCAUUGAACAAUCCACUGCUGCCGAGAUUUUGGUUACCGGUAUCAAGGUCGUCGACCUGCUGGCUCCCUACGCUCGUGGUGGAAAGAUUGGUCUAUUCGGUGGUGCUGGUGUUGGAAAGACUGUGUUCAUUCAGGAACUUAUCAACAACAUCGCCAAGGCUCACGGUGGUUACUCUGUCUUCACUGGUGUCGGCGAGCGAACCCGUGAGGGUAACGAUUUGUACCACGAAAUGCAGGAGACUUCCGUCAUUCAACUCGAUGGCGAGUCCAAGGUCGCCCUUGUGUUCGGUCAGAUGAACGAGCCCCCCGGUGCCCGUGCCCGUGUCGCUCUUACUGGUUUGACCAUUGCCGAGUACUUCCGUGACCAGGAAGGACAGGAUGUGCUUCUCUUCAUUGACAACAUUUUCCGAUUCACCCAAGCCGGUUCUGAAGUGUCUGCUCUGCUAGGUCGUAUCCCCUCUGCUGUCGGUUACCAACCCACUCUCGCCAUUGAUAUGGGUGGUAUGCAAGAACGAAUUACCACCACUACCAAGGGUUCCAUUACUUCCGUCCAGGCCGUCUACGUCCCUGCUGACGAUUUGACUGAUCCUGCUCCUGCCACCACCUUCGCCCACUUGGACGCCACCACUGUGUUGUCCCGUGGUAUCUCUGAGUUGGGUAUCUACCCCGCCGUCGACCCUCUCGACUCCAAGUCCCGUAUGCUCGACCCCCGUGUCGUUGGUCAGGACCACUACGACACCGCCACCCGUGUCCAGCAAAUUCUCCAGGAGUACAAGUCUCUCCAAGAUAUCAUUGCCAUUUUGGGUAUGGACGAAUUGUCGGAAGCUGACAAGCUUACCGUCGAGCGUGCCCGUAAGAUCCAGCGUUUCUUGAGCCAGCCUUUCACUGUCGCUCAGGUUUUCACUGGUAUCGAGGGUAGACUAGUCGACCUUAAGGACACCAUUUCCUCUUUCAAGGCUAUCCUAGCUGGUGAGGGUGAUGACCUACCUGAAGGUGCCUUCUACAUGGUUGGUAACUUUGCGUCCGCAAGGGAGAAGGGAGAGAAGAUCUUGGCGGAGCUAGAGAAGUCGUAAGGAUCUAAUAUGGACUGCUGUUAAAUAGACGCUACUAAAAAAAGAAAGGUAGUGACCUGUGUAUAUCUAGAAAAGGGGAGCAAUGCGGUCUGAUGAAUUCCCUAGCUCAAUCGAGUUCCUUUUGUGAGCUAUAUACCUUACAAAUAUCCACCCUAAUUUCUGAUA